UUCAAUUUAACCUUUACCUUAGAGAUGACGCUUCUUUUUUAUUCGUUUUGUUAUCUUGGUACUGGGGAAUGAAGUUCUCUACCCAGUUAGGUCCAUAACUUCUACUUCUUGGUUUUAAUCAUUGUUUUAACUGUUCACAUGCUCUCUUUUUGUUACUUGUACUUGACCUUGACAAGUAAUGAAACAAGAAAGAAGUAGGAGCAUUAGAAGAGAUUUAACCUCAAUUUUCGAUUAAUGGAUUGCUUAUUUUCUAUUUCACAUCAGCCAGUUUGUACCACAUUGUACCAUGAAUUCGAAACAUGAUUUUCGAUUAAUCUUUGAUGUUAUUAAUUGUUACGUCAUUAAUAUCCAAAUACGUCAUCCAAACAAAAUGUACAAAUUGUGAUGUUAUACAACUCUAGAGCGAUAGAAAUAUGCAUUGUAUACCUGCCAGUAUAACAAAAAGAUGUUUAGGCCAAAGAUGUUUCAGUUUUUACACAGCAGAAAAUGUAUUUAGUGAAGAAAACAUGAAAAGAACAAUGGCAAAAUUUGCUAGUAUCAAACCUGUCAGAAUACACACACAUCAGCCUGCAAAAAAAGCAGCAGUGUUAAUUCCCCUUUGUGAAGUUGAAGAAAAGGUAUCCCUGUUAUAUACUCUGAGAGCUUCACAUUUGAAGUCUCACAGGGGACAGGUGAGCUUUCCAGGGGGAAUGCAAGAUGUUUCAGACAGAAGUCUGGAAGACACUGCUCUUAGAGAAACCAAAGAAGAAUUAGGAAUUGAUCCUGAACAAAUUGAAAUUUGGGGAAGUGGUAAUCUGAUAGUAACAAAGGGACAAACCUGUGUGAUGCCUGUUAUAGGAAGAAUAAAACAGGAUCUGAGGCUUGAAGACUUAGAUAUCAAUCCAAUGGAGGUUGAGGAGGUAUUCACAAUACCUCUGGAGGAUCUUUGCAACCCUGCUUAUAUUGGCUACACUCAAUUCAGGAAUUCUUGGUCUCUACCUGUAUUUAUGGGUGGUAAGAGAAGGAUUUGGGGUCUCACUGCAUUGAUGACUAAUAUGUGUUUGAGUUCACUCCUUCCACAAAAAGCAUAUUCCCAUAGAAUCAAACAUUCCCAGCCAGUGAAAAUGGCUAAAUCAUUAUUUUCAUAAUGGGUAAUCCAAGGAAAAAAUCUUAUGUAACUAUAAGAUUUGGAUUGUAAAUUUUAUCAAAUGGACAGUAUCUGAUAAAAUUACUAUAUUUUAUCAAUCAGUAUAGUUGUGGAAAAAUCCUUGUUUGUUUUUAAUAAAUGCUGUUUUAUUUCUGUGUAUGUCAUGAUGUUUUUGAAUUACAACUAAUUUGAUGAUGAUGCAUUAUAAUGAAAGUAAUUUUGCAAUG